CGCAGCGCGUGCACACUCCUCUCGCCGGGGAAGGAAGGGAAGUAUGACAGCGUACCUUCAAGCCAAAGUCAUCCGCGUUACUGCCGCCGUCCGCUGUUAUCAUGUCUGAGAAAGAGCUCGGCCAGAAGUGGGACCGCUGCCUCGCAGACAGCGCGAUUAAAUUCGGUACCGGUCUGGGUCUAGGAAUUGUGUUCUCUGUUGUUUUCUUCAAGCGCCGGACAUGGCCCAUAGUGUUUGGGACAGGACUGGGUCUUGGCAUGGCUUACUCCAACUGCCAGAAUGACUUGAAGUCACAUUAUGUACUGCACAGUAAAGUUGCUAAGGAGCAGUAGUCGCAUCAGUUAUGGAUCAUCUGCCUUGCUGUUCGUAUUCAAAGCCUGACACAAUCAAGACUUCUUGUCUUUCUUUCUCCAUAACAUCCAUGUUCUUGUAAAGCAAAGUCUGUUUAUAUUUAAUAAAAUAUUAAAAAGGAGAUUUGAAA